CUCUAAGGCUGGUAUAUUUAGUAUGUACGCCUGUGAAGAAGGAUUUUCUACUGGAGGAAGAGAUGGAUGUAUCCGUCUGUGGGAUAAUGACUUCAAGCCAAUUACAAAAAUUGAUCUCCGUGACAGUGAGCAGGGUUAUAAAGGCUUGUCCAUCAGGAGCGUGUGCUGGAAAGGGGAUAGAAUUCUAGCUGGUACUCAGGAUAGUGAAAUCUUUGAAGUGAUGGUGAGAGAACGGGACAAGCCCAUGCUGAUCAUGCAGGGUCACUGUGAGGGGGAGCUUUGGGCCCUUGCCGUACACCCCAAGAAACCCUUAGCCGUUACUGGUAGCGAUGAUCGCUCUGUAAGACUCUGGAGUCUCGCAGACCAUGCACUGAUCGCCCGCUGUAACAUGGAGGAAGCAGUACGAAGUGUAGCCUUUAGUCCAGAUGGAUCCCAGCUAGCGCUGGGAAUGAAAGAUGGCUCAUUCACUGUUCUCAGGGUCAGAGACAUGACGGAAGUGGUUCACAUUAAGGACAGGAAAGAAGUCAUUCAUGAAAUGAAGUUUUCU